AGCCUGGGCAACACAGUGAGACGCCAUCUCUAAAAUAAACAGUAAUAGCAAUAAGAAGAAGAAGAAAAAGAAGAAGUAGGAGAAGAAACCCAGGGCAGGGGACAGAGGAUGCUGCCUGGGGAGGCCAGUGCAGUGGCACUGAGGGUGGAGCUGGAUCUCGUCAGGCAGAGGACACGGGGAGGCAGUGGCCAUGCAUUCCAGGCCAAGGCACAGCACAGGCCCAGCAAGGAGGUGUGAGAAGGAAUAGUGGGCAGCGUGGAAUGGCUGCAAUGGAUAAGAUUGGACGGAAGGUAGGACCCUGUGGGCAGGAGGUCAGGGGAGGGAGCAGGUGUGCCACUGCCACUCUUUCUGCCCGCACAGGUAAAGCAAAUGAAAUUGAAGGACUCACGCAUCAAGCUGAUGAGUGAGAUCCUGAAUGGCAUCAAGGUGCUGAAGCUGUACGCCUGGGAACCCAGCUUCCUGAAGCAGGUGGAGGGCAUCAGGCAGGGUGAGCUCCAGCUGCUGCGCACGGCAGCCUACCUCCACGCCAUAUCCACCUUCACCUGGAUGUGCACCCCCUUCCUGGUGACCCUAAUCACCCUCUGGGUGUACGUGUAUGUGGACCCAAACAAUGUGCUGGACGCCGAGAAGGCCUUCGUGUCUGUGUCCUUGUUUGAUAUCUUAAGACUUCCCCUCAACAUGCUGCCCCAGUUAAUCAGCAACCUGACUCAGGCCAGUGUGUCUCUGAAACGGAUCCAGCGAUUCCUGACUCAAGAUGAACUGGACCCCCAGUGUGUGGAAAGAAAGACCAUCUCCCCAGGCUAUGCCAUC